GUGUGUGCUGCUGCUGUCGUCACGUGUUGUUCAGAGGGAGACGGAGGCGGCUGGAGCAGGGAGGGGGUGGACUGCGCUCCCGGGGAACUGAGACAGAGACGCUUGUUUUGGUUUAUUUCGCAAGGAAAGCUGGGGGCGGGAGAGGAAGCUUUUCAGAAAACUCCGCCAACUCCUCGGUGUGAGGACCACCUUAACCCUUGUCCCAGUGACCCCCUCCUCUCAUUGCAGCUUUGCCGGGCAGGGUCCGGUUGUGCACCCCUAGGUGGUGUUGGAGGGGGAGAAGGUGGAGAAGUGUCCAGUUGCCAACCGGGUCUGGAGAAGCAAGAAGGGCUGGCAGGGCUGCUACCUGCCCUCCUCUUUCCAUCAGAUGCUACUUCUGCAACACGAUGGGACUGAAUGGGGACACACACAGACAGUGAUUCCCUCCCUGCAGUGACAUUCUGUUGUUUUUGGAGGGGUGUCUGGUCGCAUCCCAAUGGGAGGUUUAAAUCGCUGAUGGAUCUCCCGCAGCAGUGAUUCCCCAGAAAGAAAGAAAUUUAAAUCGCUGCUGUACUUGCAAAUAUAAACUUGGAUAAAGAGGGUUUAGCAUACAGAUACGAAGAAAAUGAAUUUCAUCGGGGUAUGUAGAACUCUCUUUUUUGCAUUGGGUUGCAUUGCAGUGGGACUUCAUCAUUCAGUGGCUGUUUGGAUGUAAGAAAAGAACUGAAAAAACGUGGUGAUCAUACUACAAGGGGAAAAAGCAAGUUUGCAAAGUGGACUUAAGCUAAAGCACGGAUUUCCUCUUCAUUUAUUUAAUUUUUUUUCUCACAAGUGGUGCUGAUUAAUCUGUGAAUUUACUUAGUGUAUAAAUACUUCAGGAAACUAACACGUGACAUUUUUGUUAAUUUUGCAUAUAUAUUUUUCACUUGGAACCAUGGCCAGCCCUACAGAUCCCCACCCUCAGGAUAACUUCUCUGAUAUUAAGAAGGUAGGAUACCUUCGUAAACCGAAGAGUAUGCACAAGAGAUUUUUUGUGCUUCGAGUUGCUAGUGAAUCUGGUUUAGCCCGACUGGAGUAUUAUGAGAAUGAGAAGAAGUGGAGGCAUAAGUCUGGGGCCCCAAAGAGGUCAAUUCCCCUAGAGAGCUGUUUCAAUAUCAACAAGAGGGCGGAUUCUAAAAACAAACAUUUGGUAGCUCUGUACACUAAGGAUGAAUGCUUUGCUAUUGCUGCUGAGUGUGAACAGGAACAGGAAGGCUGGUAUCAAGCUUUGGUAGACCUCCACAACCGUGGCAAGACUCACAAUUCUCACCAUCACCACAAUGGUACUACUAAUGGUGUACAUGAUGGAGUAAAUAGUGAAGAUGUUUACGGAGAAGUAACACCUCCAGGGCUUGCUUUCAAAGAAGUCUGGCAAGUGAUAAUGAAACCUAAGGGUUUAGGGCAGUUGAAGAAUCUAGUUGGCAUCUACCGACUGUGCCUGACUCACCGAACAAUCAGCUUGGUGAAGCUUAACUCCGAUGCAGCAGCUGUGGUUUUGCAGCUCAUGAACAUCCGUAGAUGUGGACAUUCAGAAAACUUCUUUUUCAUUGAGGUUGGUCGAUCAGCAGUUACAGGUGCUGGUGAAUUUUGGAUGCAAGUGGAUGAUUCUGUGGUAGCUCAAAAUAUGCAUGAAACCAUCCUAGAAGCUAUGAAAGCAUUGAGUGAUGAGUUUCGACCUCGUAGUAAGAGUCAGUCUUCAUCAAACUGCUCCAAUCCAAUCUCUGUUCCCCUGAGGAGACAUCACCUGAAUCACCCGCCACCCAGCCAAGUAGGGCUGAAUCGAAGAGCCCGCACAGAGAGUGUAACAGCCACAUCACCUGCAGGGGGGAACUCAAAGCAUGGAUCGUCAUCCUCAUUCAGAGUCCGGGCAUCCAGUGAUGGAGAGGGCACUAUGUCAAGGCCAGCCUCUAUAGAUGGUAGUCCAGUAAGCCCUAGUGCAAACCGUACUCAGUCACAUCGACAAAGAGGCAAUUCACGUCUACACCCACCACUUAAUCAUAGCCGAUCCAUCCCCAUGCCAGGAACUCGCUGCUCUCCAUCAGCCACCAGUCCUGUUAGUUUGUCCUCCAGCAGUACUAGCGGGCAUGGCUCCACCUCUGACUGCCUGUGCCCGCGAAGAUCUAGUGCCUCUGUUUCUGGCUCUCCUAGUGAUGGUGGCUUCAUUUCUUCUGAUGAGUAUGGGUCAAGCCCUUGUGAUUUCAGAAGUUCUUUUCGCAGUGUGACACCAGAUUCACUAGGGCAUACACCACCAGCAAAGGAAGAAGACCUAAAUAAUUAUAUCUGCAUGGGCAAGCCAAAUAGCCAUAUCCAGAGGGUUCAGCAGAGAUAUCAGCUUAGUCGAGAAGAGCAUCCUGACCUGGAUAAGGUUUUCAGAAAGAGGACUCACUCUUCAGGAACAUCUCCUCCUACAGUGUCUCACCAGAAAACCCCAUCACAAUCCUCUAUAGAAGAAUACACAGAGAUGAUGCCCUCUUAUCCCUUGCGCCUGGCAUCUUUUAGGCAUUCUGCUUUUGUGCCCACAUACUCAUAUCCAGAAGAGUGCCUAGACCUCCACUUGGAGGGAAACGGAGGUAAUCACACAGAUGAUGGCUAUAUGCCCAUGUCACCUGGGGUUGCUCCUGCUCAAAGUAAAACCAAUGACUACAUGCCAAUGAGCCCCAAAAGUGUGUCUGCACCCCAACAAAUCAUAAACCCAAGGAGACAUUCUCAAGUGGAUCCUAAUGGUUACAUGAUGAUGUCGCCUAGUGGUAGCUGCUCCCCUGAUAGUGCCAAUUACAGUAAAAUAUGGACAAAUGGAACUAACCCAAAGCUGUCGAUUGACAGUAAUGAAGGCAAAUUACCCUGCAGUGAUUACAUUAAUAUGUCUCCAGCCAGUGGAUCCACUACCAGCACUCCUCCAGACAGCUAUCUGAAUUCUAUUGAAGAGCCUUCUAAACCUGUAUACUCAUUUUUCUCCCUUCCCAGGUCCUUUAAACACGUCCACAGGAAAAAUGAGGAUGGCCAAUUGCGUAUAUCAGUCAGUUCUGGACGUCUCUUGUACACAGAGGACUCCUCCUCAUCCUCUACUAGUAGUGAUAGUCUAGGAGGACAGGACCCCCAGCUAUCAAGGAAGGUAGAAACCUGUCUUCAAAGCAAGAGUAAUAAAUUGUCCAGACCCACAAGGCUUUCUUUGGAAAACAGUAAAGCAAGCACUCUGCCCAGAGCUCGGGAGUCUGCUUUACCUCCUGAACCAAAGAGCCCUGGAGAGUAUGUUAACAUAGAGUUCAGUGAUAAAGUUUUUUCUGGGGGCUUGGUAUCUUCAAUGUACUCCCCACCAUGUGUUCAAAGCAGAGUCGUACCACAGAGAGAGAACCUGUCAGAAUACAUGAACAUGGAUUUAGGCAUCUGGAAAGCCAAAACAGCUUAUGCCACUUGUGCACCUAACUUGUGUAAAUUAUCAAAUAAACCAGCCAGCCCAGUUUGCUCUUCUGAUACCUGCAGCAGUAGUCGCCCUCCUAUCAGAGGGAAGCCAAUUCCUGCAGAUUAUAUGAGCAUGCAGCUUGGUGCACUUUGUUCAGAUUAUACCCAAGUGGCACCUGCCAGAGUUACUGCCAAACCCACCACUUCAAGCAAAAGUAAUUAUGCAGAGAUGUCAAUUGGUGGGUUUUCAGAUAAUUCUUCAGUUGUUCCCCCUACUCCUAACUCAGCACUGUCUGAAGCAGCACGGUCUUCUCUUUUGGGUCAAGGCUCUGGUCCUAGCGCUUUCACUCGGGUCAGUCUAAGCCCAAACCGCAACCAGAGUGCCAAAGUAAUCAGGGCUGGUGACCCACAAGGCAGAAGACGACACAGCUCUGAGACCUUUUCAUCGACCCCUACUACAGCCAGGGUAAGCUCUGGCCCUGUGAUUGGGGAGGAUGUAAAACGACACAGCUCUGCCUCCUUUGAGAAUGUCUGGCUAAGGCCAGGAGAUGUUGCCAGGAAAGAUUCUCUUCAGACUUCAGAUCACCUUCAUAAUGGCCUCAAUUAUAUCGAUUUGGAUUUAACUAAGGAUUUGAGUGGUCUAGAACAUUGCAACCCUCCUCAACCUGGUGUAAACCAUCCCACAGAUGACUUGAGCGCCUAUGCCAGCAUCAGUUUCCACAAGCUGAAUGAGCAUCGGAGCCACGCUGAAACAGAAGAAUAACAACCUUUGCAACCUCAGCCAAUAACUUCUUCAAUCUCAUGGGAUAAUGGACUCUCAGUAACCUUCACACAUCACAACUAGGACCUCACAUCCUCCAUAGACGGUACGCUGCAUACAGUUCACUUUGUUUACUUUACACGCAAACCUCAGGAGUCAGUUGACUGAAGCGCACCUUCCCUGUUGUGCCAAGCAAAAAGCACUGUGACGUCUGGACAAAGAGUCUGCUCUACUUCACUCUUGAAGCCAAUCUCAGAUGUGAUAUUCUCAGUUCCAUGUCAUGGUGUGAAUGGACUUCCUGCUCGCACAUUUUCACAACUCAUUCAAUUUAUUUGCUGCUGAAAAUUACAAGAGAAAGAAUUAACUGUAUUACAAAUCAUUGUUGUAAAUUAUUACGUAUAAAAAAACUGUUAAUAAUUGGUGAGAAUUAAAUAUUUAACAUAGGUUUGAUUUAUACAAGUACUUUUUUAAUUAAAUACUUUUUUGUUUUGCUAGCACACAUCUUUUUGAUGUGGGACUUUGAGGUAUUCUGUUGUAAACAGACUUGGGGUAUUUACUUAAAUAAGGCUAAUAAUAUUCUAGAUAGGGUACUGUUCUCCUUUUUACGAUUGUAAUACAGAAAAUGUGCCCUAGAUUACUAGGGCUGUUAUUUUCAGUUCUGUUUAGAGAUCAUAUUCUAAAAUAACUCUGUAAAAUUGUUUUACACUCCUUGCAGUAAAGCGCUUAACCUCAGUGCCAGAUAGGGCUGUAUAGCGCUAAAGGGAUUAAAGUAACACACUACUCACUGGUUUGAUGUUCACAAACCUUUCCAUUGCACAGGUACAAGAGAAUAUAAAAUAUGAAAUCAAGUCUUCCAUUGUAAAUAUUGUAAAACAAAAAAGUGUGGGGAAAGUAUAAUAAACUAAAAUUAAAAAAGAAAAAAAAAAAAGAAAAGUGAAACUUGGCUGAACUCCCUGGAAUGAGCAAUGUGGUUGUUUGUAAAUUCUGGAAAAAAAUCUUUCUAUACAUAAUAAACUAGAUACUGUUUAAUUA